GAAUUCAAGGGACAUAACUCAUCAUGUAAACAUUUUGGUUCGAUUUUGGUUGGAAUAUUUUACAGCACACAAAACUGUGAUUUGGGAUUGCUCGUUCAAGUUAACCACUCUAAAAGAUGUCAAAUGUAGAUGAUGACGAAGACGAUUACAUGUCAGAUGCAUUUCUUAAACAAUGCAGCGACACAAGACCUGGGCUGAUGCCAGAACGAGCUGCCAAGAAGUUUGAGAGAGACAAAAAGAAGAAGGAGUUGAACAAUAAGCAUAGACAGAUGUACAAGCCCCGUGCAACCCUUGAGAAGGAGAAGAGAGAAGAGGGUAUGAAGGCGACCAUCGGCAGUGACAACAAGGGCUUUGCUUUGCUGCAGAAGAUGGGAUACAAACCUGGCAUGGCGAUUGGCAAAGCAGGUUCCGGUAGGAAAGAGCCUGUGCCCAUCCAGCUGAAGCUGGGCCGUGGUGGCCUGGGUCAAGAAGCUCAUCAGAAGAGGAAGCAGGAAGAGCAGAGGCUGAUGCGAGCCAACAUGUCUGCCAAAAGACAGAGGAUGGACAGCAGGCAGCGGACAGAGUUUGUCCAGAGGAUGGGAGGUCGCUUUGCAGACAAAAGAGCUGAAGGGGAUCUCAGAAAAAGUCAGAAAGUCUGCGAACAACUUGAUGCUGAAGCAGGUCUUACCCAGCCAUCAGAGUAUUUCUUUUGGCCAGCAGAAUUCCAUCCCAAAAACAAGAAAUUAAAAGCCGAGAAUGACAGAUUGAACCAAGGGUUAUCAGACAUGUCUGGAGGCUACGACUCGGUCCUGGAUGAUGACGAUAAGGAAGAGGAGGAAGAAGAGGAAGAAGAAGAAGAAGAAAAAAUGGAGUUGUAUACUGCUGCAGAGAUGUUGGAGAUUUUAACAUUGUACCUCAGGAAGACCUAUAAAUACUGUGUCUGGUGUGGAACUAGAUAUGUUGAUGCUGCCGACCUGGCAUCCAACUGCCCUGGUGACACAGCAGAAGCUCAUGAUGAGUGACAUGAAGUCCUUGUCACAACGUUAUGUCUGGUGUCUGAUAUAAAGGGGCAGAGUGUUUUACAUGAUGCAGUCGGACGUGAUCUGUCGAAUGACCCAAUUUCCUCUGCACUCGAGUUAUCAGGGAUUCAUGGGUUCAAUUCUGGAAGAGAAAUACUAAAAAGCAGCACCAAUCUUAGAAGGACGCAAUCUACGAACACUUCUUUCAGAUUUGCUAAUGUUACAUUGAAUGAAUGUUAGGUGGUUCACAUUGACAAGUCACGACACCUGUCUACGUUUACUGUACAUCAUAGAGCAUGCAUGGUUGGCCCUGUGGGUGGUCUCGCUGUGCAGAGUUGCCUCCCUUGAUGCCAGGCUCUGCUGGUUCAGGGUUUUGAUCAAGAUGUGCCCUGAUUAGGAGUCUGGUCGUUGGACUGUCGAGCCGAUGAUUGCAAUGGUAAAUGUCCAAAAUAGAUUUAGGAUUUCUUCACUAGUUCCCUGAAUUCUCUGACAGGUCAUCAUAUAACUGAAAUACUGUUCUCAGCAUCUUCCCGAGGCAAGAGAGUAAACUGACUAUAAAAGUCCAGUUUCCACCCUUGCCGAACUAGGCUGGUAUUAUGGAGUUACAUUUUGGCUGGACUAACGAGUCUAUGCAUGCAAUCAAAAUCGCGCACCAGUAUCGAAAUCCGGUUCGGAAACUGUCGUGCAGAUUUCGGUCGAUUGCAGGAUAUGCGAAGCAUGGUCACCGCCAACUCGUCAGCAGAUAUUUUCCAAAUCUUUUCAUGUUUUUAAUGAAUGUGCUCACGUGAUUUGAUGCAUUUCGCGAUGUAAGACCCGUUUUA